AUGAGUGCUCGACCAUUUAAAAAUUUUGUUGAAUUAGAAACUUUCCUGAAAACUUUAAGAGUCAAAUCAUUACUCGAGAAAAUCUAUAAAAUGAUGUUGAUGGAAGAAAACGAAAAUCCUACCUACAAUUCUGAUUCUGAUUCCAUUAUCGUUGAUAACUACAAUUCUAACCUCGAUACGAAACUUACCAAAUUCGUGAACUCGGCCGAUCCUGAUUUCUUUCAACAAAUCAACGGUAUUGGUAAUAAAACAUUGCAGAAAUUAAUGAGUGCUCGACCAUUUAAAAAUUUUGUUGAAUUUGACACUUUCGUGAAAACUUUAAGAUUAUUCGACAAAAUCUAUAUGACGUUGACUGAAGAAAACGAAGAUCCUACCAUCAUCGAUUCCAAAUCCGAAAACGAAGAUGACCCCAACCUAAACCUUGAUUCUAUUAACACCAUCGACGACAAAUCCAAUUCUGAUUCCAACUUCGAAAUUGAUCUUAAUAUGUUGAUAGAUGAACCCGAAAAUCCUACCUACAAUUCUGAUUCCAUUAUCGUUGAUAACUACAAUUCUAACCUCGAUACGAAACUUACCAAAUUCGUGAACUCGGCCGAUCCUGAUUUCUUUCAACAAAUCAACGGUAUUGGUAAUAAAACAUUGCAGAAAUUAAUGAGUGCUCGACCAUUUAAAAAUUUUGUUGAAUUUGACACUUUCGUGAAAACUUUAAGA